CAGUGCGUGCGAUCUGCCAGGAGAGAAGACAGAAGGCCCUAAAGCUUACAAAUGUAUAGACGAUGAAAGUGGGGUUUACGAAGCGCACUUUCUAUUUAUAGGCAGUAUUAAAGUAUUUUUCACGAUGAUGAUAGAAAAUGUGGAAGCCUUGAAGUCGUGGCUGGCAAAACUCCUGGAGCCGAUAUGUGAUGCCGAUCCCGCUGCAUUGGCCAACUAUGUGGUGGCUCUUGUGAAGAAAGACAAACCAGAGAAGGAGCUGAAAGCGCUUUGUGCUGACCAGCUUGAUGUCUUCCUACAAAAGGAAACCGUAGGAUUUGUAGAUAAACUUUUUGAGUCGUUGACAACAAAGAACUACCUGGGUAACCCUGCUGCUAAGGAGGCUCCAAAAGAGGAGGUUAAACCACCUGCAACCAAGGCUGAUGUUGUUGAGGCUGAAACUCCAGAGGAGGAGAGAGAAAACAGACGCAGGAGGAGUCCCCUGAGAAACCGCUCUGACUUCAACGAAUCCAGGAGCCGUGACGAUAGGAGGCGGGACGAGCGCAAGCGCCGUGACUUCGAGAGGCACGGGAAAGGCGGCGACGCCCACCGCGAUCGAGAGCGCCACGAGAGACGCAGAGGCAGCCCCCGCGGGAGGAGCUACAGCCGGAGCCGCAGCAGGAGCAGAAGUGGCAGCCGCGGAAAGAGCCGGGAUAGAGAGCACAGAGGAGGCAGAGAAUUCAAGCCAAAGUUUGAGGUGGAAAGGAAGGACACGGACGGAUACAACGCUUCCGCCACAUCCAGCUCCCAGCAUCAGCACCCACCGCCUCUCCUGCCCCUGCCUAACCCUCCGCACCCCUUCUCCUCUACUUCCUCAUCCGCCGGGGUCUCAGGAGCUGGAGGGGUUCCUGUAGUGACACCGGCUCACCUGCCUGACAGCACCACAGACAGCUGGUCGAGCUACUACAGCGCUCCGAGGCCAGAAAGCGUUGGCAAGCCCUUCAGCGGCAAGAAUACUCAGCUCAAGCAGCGAUGCAGGGAUUAUGAUGAAAAAGGCUUCUGCGUCCGUGGCGACCUUUGUCCCUUCGACCACGGCAAUGACCCUCUCAUCGUCGACGAUGUCACCCUUCCUAAUAUGAUUCCUUUCCCGCCCCCGCCUGUCAUGCCUCCUGCCCGCUUGCCCAUGCCCCCGAUCACUGAGCCGCCCCCUUCACUCAGGUUGCCAGCAAUGCCCCCUUACACCCAGCCACCGCCACCGGGUGUCUUCCCAAUGACAGGACCCCCACUAAUAGCUACCAGUGGCAUUGAUACGCCCAACCAUCAAUCUACAAUCACUUCUUCUCCUCCAAUUGGACCACCUGGAGUGGGGCUUCCACCUACUCUUCCUCCUCCACCUCCUCUUCAGCCUCCUUCCUCAUCCUCAUCUGUGUCUCUACGGCCCCAAUAUGUCCCGUCUGAAUGUAAGCAGAAAUGCUUUUCCUAUUCAGAUUGGGACUCUGUGGCUUUUUCUUUUCGUUUUCCUUAUGAUAAUUAUGAUCCAGAAGGCUACAACCCAGAAUCUCCAGGCCUGACUGUUGCAGGUUGUAAUUCUUAUCGCCAGUUUAUUCCCCGAGUCCAGACCCAACGGUCCAACCUCAUUGGUCUCACCUCUGGUGAAGGACAAGGAUCCAGAGCUGCCAACAUAGUGAUCCAGACGGAGCCUGCAACUGUAUCCAGCUCUCCUGGAAAUGUGUCUCGUUUCAACACUGAACAGGACAACAGGAAGAGGACGAUGGGAGCCAGUACAGCUGAGGGUUCAGCAGCUAAAAAACCCUGGAUGGACAAGCCAAAUUUUAGCAGUCAAGAUAAGAAUAUUUUUCCAAAGAGAAACCACUACGUGAAUACAAAGCUGGAGGUGCGCAAGAUCCCGCGUGACCUGAAUAACAUCACCAAGCUCAAUGAGCAUUUUAGCAAGUUUGGAACCAUCGUCAAUAUACAGGUCGUGUUUGGCGGCGACCCGGAGGCUGCACUGAUCCAGUACACAAAGAACGAGGAGGCCAGACGGGCCAUAUCAAGCACCGAGGCCGUUCUCAACAACCGCUUCAUCCGUGUGUACUGGCACCGGGAGCCCAGCACCAACUCUUUGGGUCAGGAGCAGACCUCAGGGAGCCAGGGGGCUGGGUCAGCGCCAGGCCAAGGCCUGCAGCACAGCAACAUGCAUAAGGUGAUCAAACAACACAGUCCAGGUGCCUAUGUACUAAACAACACCAUGCCCAAGCAUCAUCUGAAUGCAGCACCUGGAACCACGAACGCAACAAAGACAGAUGGCCUGAAUCCAAAUGCAGACCCUCUCAUUGCGGCACCUAACACCCAGAAAGGCCCCUACACUCCCAUAGCCCCCAAAUCUUCUUCAAAGAGCCUUGGAAAAACUGGAAAAGCACUGGAAGCACAGGAAGCUAUGAAAAAGAAACAGGAGGCAAUGAGACUCCAACAAGACAUGAGGAAGAAGAAACAGGAGAUGUUAAAGACUCAGAUCGAGUGUCAGAAAGCGCUGAUCAACCGCUUGGAGAAAAACCGAGCCAUGAAGCCUGAGGAGAGGGCCAACAUCAUGAAAACCCUGAAGGAGCUAACAGAGAAGAUCACCCAGCUGCAGAAUGAAAUGAACCCCACCCCUCAGGUCUCAAGUGGCAAAACCAACCACAGCCAACCCAAGACCAAGACCGAUGCCCAGAAGGAGUUGCUCGAUGCUGAAUUAGACUUUUAUAGUAGAAUCAGCUCUGGGGAAGACACAACAGACCUUAAGAGAAAACUUGGGCAGCUACAGGUGGAGGCGAAACGACUAGGUCUGCUACCACCGAUGGGUCGAGGUCGGGGCCGGGGGAAGAUGACACCAGAUCCCUGCUCGAUGCAUGCUGGCCGCGGCAGGAGCCGAAGCCGGGAGAUGAUGGCUCGCGGUGGGGUUGUAAACCGCAUGGUUGUUGACCACAGACCCAGAACGCUGGCUAUUUUAGGAGUCAUGCAGGAGGAGAAGGAAGAGCUAAUGCCGCACUUUGUGAAAUUUGGUGAAAUUGAAGAACUGCGCGACCAGGAUGCCAACACUGUCAUCAUGACGUUUAAGACACGAAGCGAAGCAGAGAAUGCAGCCAAUCAGGGAGCCAAGUUCAAAGGUCGUGUUCUGCAGAUUUCCUGGUACAAGCCCAAGACAUCCUCCGUUACGUCCGAGCCUGAGGUGGAAGAGGCUAAAGACGAGGAGAAGGCGAAGGAAGCAAGCUUGUAUCUUCCUGGAAACGACGGAGGGAGGGAGGAUGAAGAAGAGGAGGAGGAUGACGAUGAAGAUGACGAGUAUGAGAGCCGAUCUUGGAGACGAUAAGGAGACCGUUUUGUACCUGCAUGCCCUCCAGCCGAUUCUAUUUUUUAUUUUUAUUUUUUCUCCCUGCAUAAAAGGAAACAGUUUUUUUUUUCUCUCUACAUUAAUUUUAGACUUGAAUUUGAGGAAAACAUCUUUUACUUUAUGGUUUCUAAUUAAAAAAGGAGUUUAGUGGGUGAUUGGAUUUUGCCUCCUUCAGUGAAACAUGUAAAACAUCUUUUGCUGAGAGUGAUAAAUGUUUUUUUCCUAUAGAUAGAAAAAUCUGUAUGUUUUAGUGUGCUUAAUCAGAUGAUUAAUAUCAGUAAUGCACAUUUGUGUCUACUGUGAAUAGGUAUUUUUAUACAUACUGUAUUUAAGCUUUUUCUCACCAGUUUUUUUUUUUUUUUGUAAAAAAAAAAAAAAUGAUAAUAAUAAACGAAACAAAACAAAACAAAUUCUCACCCUCAGUUCAGGGACAGCCAUUCCAUCGCCAGUAGAAGGCUCUCUAUUACUCCCAGAGAGAUUAGUUUAUUUUUUCUUACCACAUUGAAGCACUGUGUUGUACCUUGUCACUUUACUCUCAGUGUAACUUUUUUCGGUAAUAGUUGGCCCUAAAAUAUUAAAGAUCUCAAGUAUUUUUGGUUACAUCUGUUAGAUUUGGCACCCCUAGCACAUCAAGCUGCUGUUGUACCACAUAAGAGAGAGUGCAGGUACUGGUGUAGUAGAUCAGUGUUUACAAAUUACAGUCUCCAUGUCAACCAGACAGUUUUGUGGCGUAUAUCCAAAUGUUCCCACUUUUAUUUUAUUGCUCAAUCUGUCUAGUGCCACCCUGUGUGAAUAUACACCCACACACGUGUUUAAUAGAGGAUGUAAAAAUCCUCGAUUGUUGAACCAAGGCUCCAACAAGGCUGAUCGGCGCACCCAUUUUCAAAUGUGACAUCCAUAGACAGGUGUUUGAAUGUAGUACUGAACAGUUGAUUUUAUUAUAAAGAAAUAUAUAUCUAUAUACACAUGUAAUUUCUUUGCCUUAAACUAUCAGCGGACUGCUGAGUUUUUACAGGAUUUGUGAUUUACUUUUGUAAAUUUUGUAAAUGCUUUACAGAGAAAUGACUGUCAUAUAUGACAGGAUCGUAUCAGGUAGAAGAGGUCAAACAGGAGUUGCACAGUUUUGCAUGUGGUGAACAGUCCACCUUGUUUUCUUUGCUUUUACUUUUCAUUUAAAUAGAACGGCUUCUGUAAAGAAGCUCUCAGAGCUGCUCCGAGUUGUUAAAAACACUCUUUUGCAAGACACUUGAGUCAUGCAGCACACCCUAACUUAUUCACACACGUGUGGCGCUGCCUCACAUUGUCAGUGUUCAAAACCUGCUUAGGUGUGCACGCUGAAGAUUUUUAUAAUGUAAACUGUGUUCCAAAGGCAACGUGAUCGGAGGAGUUCAGUUGGUUCAAAUGAAUGCAGAAAGAUUACAUUGCAUAGCCCUUCAUCAGCUAAUUGCUUAUAUUUAGCUUCUCAAAACUUCAUUGAUCAUAUCCAGUAGCAACAGAAUGGAGCCAAUUUAAAAGUGAGAUUAAUUUAUUAGCAGCACAAUUCUGCCUGCGUGUAAAUACAUUUAGCUCCCCAACUUUGGAGGUUGCAGAACUGUUUAAAACAUGUUUGCCAGUUUUGAAGUUUGAUGAGAGCCUGAUGUGUUUAAUUUUAUAUAUUUCCAUUUCACUUUUCCACAAAGAGGUUUAAGUGGGUUUUUUGGUUGUUUUUUUUUAUGCAGAUUCUGAGCACCUCCCAGUUUUUGUACAACCUUCUUUAAUGCUAUCACCUAAUAGUGUACAAUAUGUAAAAUGUUUAUUGGAUAAUAGUUUUCGAUUUGUUACUGUUUAUAUUUGCAGGAUGUGUGUGUAUUCAUGUAUUCUAUUUGUAUAAAUGGAUUUCUAAUUUACUAGCAUGUUUGCUUUUGCCAAUAAAGACAAAGGAAUGGGGUGCUUGUAAGAUGAUCCAAAAAAAAAUAGAAGAAAUAUGAGUUAUUGGAUUUGGAAAAGAAGAAAAAAAAGUUAAGGAAAAUUGAGCUAAAAGAUAAGAAUAUUGGCCAGUGGGAAAAAAAGAUGCAAGCAAAAGCAUUCCACAAAAUAUUACCUUUAAAA